CCAAAUGGAUGGGCGGCGGGAGUCGGAAACUGAGACACUGUGAACUUCGUGUGAUUUAAAAACGUUUCCCAAUAUUUAAAAAUUGUGCGGUGUGAUCCAAGCUAUAUGGAAGCCAAACUGAACCAGUUCCAUAUGCUCAUCAUGCCUCCUUGAAUAUAGUGAGAAGAAACUUUUUAUAUAUUCUUUGAACAUGUUCUAAAACACAGAUGUGUGAAAACCUUGCCCUAAAGACAAAGGAGAGCACCUACUGUUAAAAGCUUGGAGGUUAAACAGCAACAACAUAAUCUCUGAGGUCUGACCUUUAAUGUUCUGGAUUAUUUCUUUGUUUCCUUGAGAAAAAAGCUUAAUCACCUUGAGCAGGAUCUUCUCUACCAUUGACCACUGAGCAGCUCAGGACUGUGUGUGUGUGUGUGUGUGUGUGUGUGUGUGUGAGUGUGUGUGUGUGGCUCUGUGAGGACAUGUGUGUUGCCCAGUCAUUUGGAGCAUGAAGAACAGAGAGAGUUUGCAGAUUAAAGGAAGCUCAGGGGAUUAAGGUCAUUUCCUGUGUUUAAGCUGUAAAUUAGCCCGUUGGUACCACAGGGGAAAACAUACUAAGUGCUAUAGUCCUGCUGAACAUAAGUUCCAGAACCAUCUCCUCACUGAGCUUCAGAAGCAAGAUGCCCCUUGAUGGUCAAUAUCACAAAGACCCUGAAAUGCCUUUUUCUAUUACAUCAGAGUUCAUGCUGUUGAUACUUACCCAUUACUAUCAGUCUAUCCAAUAGUGUUGAUGGUAUCGUGCAACAACAUGGUGCAAGAAUGAAAAGUUGCAUCUGAGCCAAGCAUAAAGUUCAAGCUUGUUAGCAGAAAAAUAAUCGUACUCAAAGUUGAAAUUCUCAGGUUGUGAUGAUUUUGUGUCCUGCUGCAGGACCAGAGACCUUGCAGAAGUAGAGGUAACACUUUGAAUCAGGUGUAUUGCAGUUGGGAAACAUUUAAAGCCGGUACCUCGCUGGUCUGCAGCUGAUGAUGACAAAGAGCAAACUGUAUUUUUGAGCAAGUUUCCACAAUUCUUCAAAACAUUUAGUGGAUGGAUUUCAAUUUCCUAAUGUGCCGGAAUUUUAAAGAGCAAUUCACCCACCUACAGACUCUUACUCCAUCCACUUAUGCUGACUGAAAAAUGCACUGAUAGGAGGUGUUGCCUUGCAGAUAGAGAGCAGAGCUGCGGCAACCCCCAGCACACUUCCUAGUCUGGAAGUAUUCUCUCCACCUCUUUGACCAGAGGAAAAGGAGGACAGGGGAAGGUUCUUCGGAGGAGGCGAAUCGUUUCAUACCGGCUAGUCCGAGACUGAGCCAGCUGGAGCUGUGGUCGAGACUUAGCUACCCCUGUACCCCACAGCAGAAAUAUAAAUUAUACUGGCUACGCCACUCUGUAGUGUUUCAGUCAAUAGCGAUGGCUGAUUCUAAUUUAAACGUAGAGCAGACUUUAACCUGAAGAGGCCGCUACACUAUCGGUUUUGGGAGGAAUAUUAAAAUUUUCAAUAAGAGGCAAUCAAAUGCCAAAAUGAUGACUAGACAUGUCAACAGCUCUUAUUAGACACUCUUUAAAAGUAAAGCAAAGAGCUCCAUCGGCACAGCAUACACUCGAAACGAGGCUACAAAAUCGUGGACUGAUGGUGACCUGGCCUUGUUGCUGCUGGACCUGUAAUAAUAAUAGUUUUGUCCAGCGGUGUGGAUCCUUUUACUUUGUGAUUGUUUACAACAGUUGUAACUUUAAGUUCUACUUUCUGUUGGAAAAGCGGGUAAAAUUUAUUUAUUUGGGAAUAAAACGUGGAAAAAAAAAUGUGCAAAACUGUUUUUUACGAUUGCAUCAUGUGCGCUCAAUGAAUCGAGCAUAUGUACAAGUUGUUGCACAAAGAAAAAUCAAACCAUCUUAGGUGUGUUCUUGCUGUGUCUUUCUAAAUCCAUGCUUUCGUUCUUUUUAAACACAGAAACAGUUUUGUUUACCUGUUUUGUAGCUACAGUUUCGCCGACGGCUGCCGGCUUCUUCAGGCUGACGCUGAUGGUGGCGCGUCACUUCCUUCUCCGUUUAGUACAAUAAAAAAGUCAGCCGUAACAGAUCAUUGCUUAAGAGAAAACCAUGUAAUGGACUGGGACAACACACGGAUCAUAACCACCGAACAACAAAAAUACAAAAGAUGGAUCAAGGAAGCAAUCGAGAUAAGGAGACGUGGAUGUGGGACCAUGAACAGGGACGACGGAGUUUACACGCUGGACCACGCAUAAGACAGCAUCGUCAGAGAGGGGAGAGCGGGCAGUAGAGGGCGACAACGUCCUCUGCUGCCCGCAGAUAAACGGAUAACGAGAUAUUUUUUAUUUUACCCUGAGACUUCUCAGCCCGUUGGUACCACAGGGGAAAACAUACUAAGUGCUAUAGUCCUGCUGAACAUAAGUUCCAGAACCAUCUCCUCACUGAGCUUCAGAUGCAAGAUGCCCCUUGAUGGUCAAUAUCUUAUGACUUUUGACCUCAACUUUCGUUCUCUACCAUUGUGUUGUGAAUACAUUCUUCCCUUUUCUUCUCAUUACCAUAAUGCCUUCUGUCUUCUAGAGAUUUUGUUAAUUAGUGACAUCUUUCCCAUGCACACAAGCAAACUGCAGACUCUGGUGUAUUUUAGCAAGAGUGGCAGCAUUGUCUGGGGUAGGUUUAGAGAACAGACGUAUUAUUUAGAUUGUGAGGACACAUGAGAGUUACCAAGUCUAUGUAAAUGUGUGUGUGUUACAUUCACCACUGUUAGCCGAAAUCUGAACAGUGAGGCCUGUUUUUCAGUAAAGAGAGAGCAUCGUUUUGUGUUUCAGAGACUAUCGCCACCACUCUGUAAUGUCCACCAACAUUAAGAAUAUUGUCAGGGAAUAACAGCAACAUUAUUGGCCAAUAUUGCUGCGAGAAGUGGCAACAAAUUCAAUUAAUUUCUAAUUCAAUUCAAAAAUACUUUAUUAAUCCCAGAGGGAAAUUAGACUGAGAGAAAUAAAAACAUAUCUUUGAACAUUUUGGGUAGGGGUCAUCUGCUAAAAAAUAAUUUUUGAAAGUAAUGUUGCAGAAUUUGUUGUUUUGUUUCCUUCUUCCGGCUCUUGGAGGGUGCAGACGCUUUUUUCCCUCCUCUCCUCCAUAUCUUAUCCUCAAGGCCUUUGUCUGUCUCUGUGUGCUGGGUGCACGGCUGCUUCUGCAUUUUUCUGGAAACUGGAAACUGAAAUACAUUUAAAUGGAUCUCGUCAGUUGGUCCCUCAACGCGAUUGAUAAAAAUUUUUCAGCGAUGAGAACCGGAGAAGGGGCUCCCAGAUGUCCUGCCGGGACAGACCCAGUUGGACACAUCAUGGACUCCUGGAAACAGUGGAACUUGAUUUGUUUAUCUCAGCUGUCUGUGGAGAACUCUGAAGACAUGUGGAUAUUCGUGGUGUUGGUGUCAGGUUUCCUGCUCAUUGGCCUUGGAGGCUACCUGGCUUACCAGAAAAUUAACGAGCUGUUGAGGAAUAUUGGCCUGAUCCCGGAGCUCAGAGAUGGUUUGCACCGCGCUGUGAAUUCACAGACUCGAAUAAUUGUCGAGAUGAAUCGUAAGCUUGGGACUUUGGCGGAGAUUCAUUCUUUGGCACAAAAGAUGGACGCCAUCAAGGAGAGAGUGGACAAAUCAGCACGGAUUGGGAUAGAUUAACUUCCAUUACUAUUGGGAUUCGGAGAGGUGAGGACCAAAAACAAACUGUAAGACAGAGAGGAAAUUAUCCCUGUCUGGCCCCAAAACAAUUUCUAAUUGGAAUCUGGCGUCCUUGAGCCAGCAAGGCUCCAAUGAAAACUCCCCCCAUAGAAGGUUUUUGGCAUGUGCGUUCGCUAUGGCAACUCAACUCUGUCUCCUUUCCCAGCCUGGACGGGACAGCGAGAAGGCUGCCGAAGCGUCCAGGGUCACUGCAACCCUCCAACCCUCAACUCUACCCCCCAUCCACACUGAGGUGACAUGCGCUGCUUCAUCGUGGCUGCAGGAACUCAAGUAGGGAUGGUCCCAACCCACCACCCCUCCUAGUGGACACUUGUGUUGUCUGAAGUCUGUUGCAUAUCUCUGUCUGAGGUGUUUUUUUGCAGAGCAAAGCUGCCCUCCUGUUGGAGGGUAACUCUGAAGUGCCUUUUUUCCCUCCACCUGAACCAAUCCUCAUGUAAACCCCUCUGAUCUCUAUUAAGGUAGCGCGACUCAGGGUCGAGAAUGACCACAGUCACCAAUUCUUGUAAGGUGUCUUGCGCAUGUAUGUCUGAUCUCUGAUUUGUGUGUACUGAAACUCUAAUUUCCCUCUGCGAUUAAUAAAGUAGUGUGAAGCGGCUGGGAUGAGGAUCAGCACCUCCAAAUCUGAGACCAUGGUUCUCGACCGGAAAAGGGUGGCUUGCCACCUCCGGGUCGGGGGAGAGGUCCUACCUCAAGUGGAGGAGUUUAAGUAUCUCGGGGUCUUGUUCACGAGUGAGGGUAGGAGGGAUCGGGAGAUCGACAGGCGGAUUGGUUCGGCGUCUGCAGUGAUGCGGACGCUGAGCCGAUCUGUCGUGGUGAAGAGGGAGCUGAGCCAGAAAGCCAGGCUCUCGAUUUACCGGUCGAUCUACGUCCCAAUCCUCACCUAUGGUCAUGAGCUUUGGGUAAUGACCGAAAGAACGAGAUCGCGGAUACAAGCGGCCGAAAUGAGUUUCCUCCGUAGGGUGGCCGGGCUCAGCCUUAGAGAUAGGGUGAGGAGCUCGGACAUUCGGGAGGGACUCGGAGUAGAACCGCUGCUCCUCCGGAUUGAAAGGAGCCAGUUGAGGUGGUUUGGGCAUCUGGUCAGGAGGCCUCCUGGACGCCUCCCCGGGGAGGUGUUUCGGGCAUGUCCUGCCGGCAGAAGGCCCCCGGGUCGACCCAGGACACGUUGGAGAGGUUACAUCUCCAAUCUGGUCCGGGAACGCCUUGGGGUCCUGCCGGAGGAGCUGGUGGACAAGGCCGGGGAGAGGACGGCCUGGAGCUCCCUAAUUGGGAUGCUGCCCCCGCGACCCGGACCCGGAUAAGCGGAGGAAGAUGAUGACGAAGACGAAGAUUAAUAAAGUAUCUUCGAUUUGAUUGAUUGAUUGAUUCAGUAUUUGAUGUUUGUUAUUUUAACAAUUAAAACAAUCCAUCCCUUUUCUGAAUUGUUUCAUCCUUCCCCGGGUUGCAGGGAGCUGGUGUCUCCAGCGAACAUUAGUUGAGAGGCUGCAUGGGGACACCCUAGGCAUGUCUUUAAGGGGCAAUUUAGAAUCUGUAGUCAGUCUAACAUGCAUGUUUCUGCUUGUAGCAGGAGCAUGCAUGCAUGGGCAUAACGUGUGACCAAGCAUCAAUAAAUGACGAUUCGGGAUGCCCCAACGCGUCAGGAGACGACGAUCAGGGACACACUGAUGACGCACCGUCCCAGAGCGUCGGUAUCCGACGCCGGUGGUGAGACGGACUUUAGAACGACUUGUGAACCACUUAACCUUCCCCUCACCCCAAUCCUAACCUUAAGGUGUCACGGCCUGCCUCCAUCUGCUGUGAGUUUUUGGUCAGCGCUGUGUUUACAGGUGGGCGUGGCACUCAUCACAGCUGCAUGGAGUUCCACUAAUCGGAGCCACAAGGAUUUAAGGAGCGAUGUGACUCAACUCCAGCGCCGGUCGAUACUCUCAUAUGGGUAGCUUCUAGCCUCGUAAACUGCCCUGGUCCUGCGUUCUGAGCUAAUGAGUUUGUUUGUCCUGUUCCAGUUUCCUGUUCUGAACCACCUACCUGGUCUGGAGUUGUUUCUCGUCUCACCGCUCAAGGAUCCUCAGGUCUUCGAUCUCCUCGACCGCCUGCCUGUCCACGCUCAGCACCAUCCUCACCACUCCAGCCUCUCCCAGUCCGCCUCCGCACAACUUCUGGUCUCUGACCAUUCCGGUCCCGUCCCGUUCCUGUGUUUCAGACGCAGCGCCUUUAGUUCUAGUUUUGUUCCCUUAUUUCUGUUUUAAGAAAUAAAACACUUGUAUUUUUCUUACCCUGUCGUGAUUCUUCAUGUCCUGGGUGAAAGCUCUUACCCACAGCAUGACAUAAGGUCACAGUUACUGACCUUAAGGUUAGGAUUGGGGUGAGGGGAAGGUUAAAUAGUCGAAUAAUGUCCGUGUGACCGCGGGCGUCAAACACUGACGCCAGCGGAGCCACGUGUCCCUGCGUGUCCCUAAUCGUCAUCUCCUGACAUGCUGGGGCAUCCCGAAUCAUCAUAUA